AUGUUCGGAGGUGCGUUCAUAGUCAAAUAAUCACGAUUGUGGCGCAGUCAUGCUCGCAUUACUCCACGUUUCCACCCGCACUUGGACAAUGCUCAUGACAUUCACUGUGACUUUUGCUUCGUCCAGGUCCUCCGCCCCCACCAAGCGCGCUCGAAGUGGCAGCCAUGAGAGCCCGUGCGCAUGCGACCCUCAAAAGCUUCGUCACGUACGCCGCGGGCCUCUAUGCCAGUGAGUGUUCUCGACGUGAUGUGAUGCCGCUCUCCGAUUUUGGGUAUGUAGGUAGCUGACCAGGCGACAAAUUCACCCCACAUAGCUCCCUACAUCUUUCACUACAUCGGCAAGCUCUUGCGCUAG